AUCAUCAUAACUAACUGUCCUAGAAUUUGUCGUAGAAUUUGCUUUUGCGCACCAAUUGGGGUUGAAUUGGGCCAUCGGCUCUAUAAAUUUUGCUCACAUUCAUAAUAUAAUAUAAUAAUCAUAUAAUAUAAUAAUAAUCAUGUUUAAAUUUAUUAAAAAUCAAAUCUUUUUGUUUUUCCUGAAACAAUCAAGUUGAUUUGAUAAUAAAAUAAGAAAGUUAUGAUUAUUAUAUAAUAGUUUGCUCCAUCGGUAGCUUUCUGAAUCAUUAUUUGCUUUUUUUUUUUUUUUUUUCUGAAUCAUUAUUUGCUUUUUAAUACUCAUUGAACUGAAUGAUAAUUUUCUGAAUAAAUAAAGAUGAAGAUCUCUCAGAUCGAUGAUCCGUAUGGUGAGUUUUUAGAACUCAUAAAGAAUUUCCAAGCGGGAAGAAUUGAUAGAAGACGUUUCAGAGCAAGAGUGCAGGUAUUGUGUAGUGGAAAUACAGAUUUGAUUUUCAGAUUCAACACCUUAUUGAAAAACAAAUAUCAAAUCAAACUUAAGAUCACUGCAGGGGUCAAAAGAAAAAAGGUGAAGAAGAAGAAGGUAGAAGAGAGUCAUGAACUUCCUUGGGAUAUGCUUGAUAUUAUUUGCAAAACACUAGAUUUUCACGACCUCUUUCAGUUUGCCGGUGUGUGCAAGAAUUGGAGGGCUUUUCAUAAAAUUUACUGGACAAAUUUCAUAGCAUACCAAGAACCAUUACUUCUCCGAAAUGUGUAUAGUAAUCGAGAAUUCUCUUCCUUAAUAAGCAUUCCCGACCAAAAAAUUUAUUCCUUGAAGAAGAUGGAGUGCUUAUUCAACUCUAUCUAUGUUGAGUCUUCUGGCGGAUAUUUUAUCAAGGCGGCGGACAAUAAUUCAUUUAAGAUAAUCAAUCCAUUUACAAGAACAAAGAAGUCUUAGCAAAAUAAUUUCUAUCAAGGAGGCAUUGAGGAUUAGUAUCAGUAGGAUAUCUCUGUUUAGGAGGCAGGUUGGAGUUUCAUCAGCAAGCUAUAGUUUGUGAAGUUGGAGUUCCAUCAGCAAGCUAUAGUUUGUGAAGUUGAAGUUUCUCAGUUUGAGUGGUUGGUUCGGCUCAACAGAACUAAGAGAGAGUUUGUUUAUAUUGAGCGGGAGUAUUUGUAUUUGGAACAUUUAAGUGGAUGAGGAGUCUGUCAGUUGGGCAAGAAUACAUGUUAUUUCCUGUAAAACUGCAUUCAAAAUUUAGAUUUGUGCUGGUUUUGAUUUGUAUUAAGCAAUAUAUUUAGUGGCGGUGGUCAUCAUAUUUAGUCAAUGUUAGGCUUAGUGCAUUAUGUUUUUGGUGUUCAGAAGAUGCCUGCAUCUUUGUAUUUUGUAAUAGUAUAGGAGCUGUUUGUUUUGAGUAAAGAUCCUCUGCAUUCUUCACCCUUUCUAUUUUUGCUAUUACUAAAGUUUUGGGAAUGUAAAUAGAAUAAUGUAAAUAGAUUUGUGUAAUUGGUGACUUGGUGUCAUUUUGGUUGAAGUAGAAUUGAAUCUCAAAAUCUGUGUUCAGUUGGCUUUGAUUAGAAGUUUAUUCAUUGCAAUUUCUUCGGAAGUCCAGUAGCUUCUUUGGUUAAUAGUGAUGGUAAAUGGAAUUGGAAAUUGUUUAAUGAUUGGCUGCCUGCUAAUGUUAUAAACAAAGAUAAAUGCAAUUUUUCCUCCAAGUACUCUUUGGUUUGUAAGGAAUCAAGCUCGAUUCAAGGACAAGUUCAUUAAUUGGAAGAUGGCUGUUUCCAUGAUAAUUACUAGUGUUUCCAGAUCAGGUAACUUGAUUAAGCAAACUUUUCAUUCUUCCAUAACUGACUUCUGCAUUCUUAAAAAGUUCAAGGUGAUUGUUCAUCCACCAAAGGCUCCUAGAAUUACAGAAGUGUUAUGGCACUCUCCCUUAGUCAAUUGGAUUAAGUUUUUUUUAGCAUCGUCAAUUGGAUUAAGUGCAACACAGAUGGAGCUUCUACUAUCUCAGCUUCAUCUUUUGGUGGUAUUUUCAGAGACCACUGUGCUGAAUUAGUUGGUUGUUUUGCUGAGUUAUCUGGUAAUCUAAGAGCUAUUGAGCUUGCUAGCCAACAUAAUUAAUAAUCUUUGGAUAGAGUCAAAUUCUGCUUUAGUAGUGCCUGCCUUCAAAUCAGAUACCAUGAUUCCUUGGCUCCUAAGGAACUGAUGGUUUAAUGCUAAAGUGUUGAUGAGAAACAUGAAUGCUAACAGAAAUUUUUCAGUUGCUUUUAUGUAUGAGAUUUUAUGUGACUCCAACAA